AUGUGCACUGACAUCAGGAUUACAAACUCCUAUUUAUCACAGAAACGCGGCUCCCAGGACGUUCUGCCGCCCGGUACCAGCGCUAAGGGCGGCGCAAACGGUUGCAGCAGCCGCGUCUGUGCGGUGCUGCCACGGAGCAGCGCUGUGUCGGCCGCACCUCGGGGCUCCGCGCUCUCGUGCAGCGACAGCGUCGCGAUGGCAGCGGGCCGUGAAGGGGCCGGUCGCGGCGGGAACCCCGAACCCCGCGGGGCGCCCCACACUGGCGGCUCCGAGGCCCGGGCCCGGCGGGAGGCGUUGGGCGGCGCCCUCCCCGCCCCGCUCCGCUCCGCUCGCUGCCGGCCGCCCCCGGGAGGACAACGCCCCCAGCCCUGGCGGCGCGGCCGGGCCCGUGGCAUUUCCUCUGAGCUCACUGCGGCUGACGCGGCGCCGCUUCCCUCGGAAGAGGAAGAAGAGAGGGAGCUUCGCGGCGGCGGCGGCGGGCGGCGAGCCGACGGACGCGGGCCCUUCGCCCUCGGGCGGGCGGCGGCGCUGGGGGCGGCCGGGGCGGAGGAGACGGCUGGCGGCGGCGGGGGCCGGCAUGGACCGAGCCCCCGCCGCGCCAUGGCCGCCCUCGUGCCGGAGCCGCGCGCCUUCUGGCCGCUGCUGACCUGCGUGUGCACCGCGCUGCUCUGCCUCUGCCAGGCCCUGGGGGGCCGCGCGGCGGCGGCGGCGGCGGAGGGCGAGGAAGAGGAGGGCGCGGCGGAUGCGGGCGCGGUGCCGCUGCUGAAGGGCUCGGCGCUGCUGCUGCUGGGCUGCCUGCUGGCCCGCUGCUGCGGCGCGGCGGGAGGCGGCCCGAGGCCCGGCGGGGGCUGGGGGCCCUCGGCGGCGCGGCGCGGCGCCCUGGAGGGCUUCCACGCGCGGCAGCUGCGGCUCUCGCCCCACGUGCUGGGGCACAGCAAGGCGCACGUGGGGCGCGUGGUGGCCGAGCUGGUGCGCGCCGCCAAGGCGCAGGGGCUGCAGCCCGGCCCGACGGCCCUCAGCCUGCGCGGGGACUUCGUGCGCGUCGGCAGCGCCUACGAGCAGCACAAGGUGCGCAGCCCCGACUGCUUCGACGUCCUGGUGCCGCUGCGCCUACCGCCCCGCCUGCAGCCCGAGCCGCGCCGUGCCGCGGGGCCCGCGCCGAGCGGAGCCUUCGUCUGCGGUCUGCGGGCGCCCGCGGGGGCCGGCUGGCCGCGCCGCUACCGGCCCUUCGUCGAGGGCUUCUGCGCGGAGCCGCAGGGCCGCUGCCUGCUCUCCUCGGCGCUGGUGCUGCGCUGGUUCCAGGGCCACCUGCAGCGCUGCCUCGGCGCCGUGCGCUACCGGCUGCAGGAGCGCUGCCGCAUCAGCCUGGCCGCCUGUCCCGGCCGCCCGCCCACGCUGCACAUCCGGCCCUGCUCCGACUACGUCUGCUGCCACAUCUCCAUGGCCGUGCGCCUCAUCCCAGCCAUCCCGCUGGGCGACGCGCUCUACCUCACGGCGCUGCCCCCCGACGUGCCGCCGGCCGGCCCGGCCCACGAGGCGCUGUGGGGCCUCAACGCUUCGCGGCACGAGCAGCGGCUGCUGGCCUGGCUGAAGGAGCAGGCCCCGGCCUCGUCCUGCCACCUGAAGUGCCUGCAGCUCCUCAAGGGCCUGCGGGACCUCCGCGGGCAGGGCCUGGAGGAGCCCUUCUGCUCGCAGUGGGGCCGGGUGCUCUCCUCCUACGUGCUGAAGACGGCCCUCUUCUCCCUGAUGCUGCACGGGCCCCUGGAGGCGUGGGACGAGCGGUUCCUGGUGGAGCGCCUGGAAGACCUGGUGAUGUACCUCAGGGACUGCCUGCGCAAGCAGACGCUGAUGCAUUUCUUCCUGGGCAACACCAGCCUCCCCGAGGCCGUGGCGCUGCCAAGGUUCCUCAAGGAAGCCGCCCCGGUGAACUUGCUGGCCGCCUUCGAUGGGCCCACGCUGGACCUGGCCGCCUUCCAGCUGCUGUACACCUGGAGCCAGGCGCCGCACCUCAUCAGGACGUACAGCAGAGCCCGGUACCUGCGGCCACCACCCGCUGCGUGCCGCCACGGCGCUGAGGCACGGCAAGAGCUGCCCGGGGAGUGAGAGCAACACCGUGCGCCCAGCUGCCCACAGUGGGACCCGCUGAGACGUUCUGCGGUUUUACCCCCGACCUGAGAAGGCUGAGACUUAAGGAAAUGGCAAUAGCUUUUAUUUUUAAUGUCAUCGUGGUGGGCUGGGGGGAGAAUUAGAAAAUUUCUGGGGAAGUGCCUUAGUAGGAAAGCAUUACUUUUGGUCGGUUCAAACAGACGGUUCUGGAAACCUAUCUUAAUUUGUCCUAGUGGCAGAACUGGCCUUUUCUGAGAUGUGACUUUAAGGGUACAAAAUCCAUUUGGGAUUUAAAAAUCACGUGAGCACAAACAGAACCUCUUACUGUGCCAAGGUGCUCCUAAAUUGAGAUGAGCGUUCGAGCACAGGUGUUGGUCACAGCCUGAAGUGCUCGGUGACACGCUUUAAAUUUCCUGUGUGAUGUGAAACAUCGUGCUGAAUGGAAGUGUAAUGACCAUGUUAAAGCAGAACUGGGCGGAGAAGUGAAACUUCUGAUGAUAGCAUGAAGAAUCUACUUGUGCAUUUCUGUGUUAAAUGAAGGUUACGCUGAAGGAUUGAAAUACGGAGGAAAAAAAAGAAACAAGUAGCACUUUAUUUUCACAAAGGCCUUAAUUCUGGGAUAAUUGGCUGCACUAAAUACUCACUGUGGAGAAGGCAUUGGUAUUUUAUUUAAGUUUGAGUCAUCCUCAGGAAAACCUUCUUUUUACAGAAAUACCCCGGGGUUGAUUUGUUUGUGGGUUCUUGGUUUUGAGGUGCGUUGGGUAUGAUUUUCUCACUGUGCUCUGACACAGGGACCAACAACAAAACAAACUUUCUGUUAGGUUUGGAAUCAGCCUUCAUCCAGUCCACGUCUCACUGAUGUGUGCUGCCUGCUGCACCUCUGUGCCUUCCGGGAGCAGUUUGGUGCCUUCUGGGCUGCCACCAUCCGUCUGCCUGUGGCACUGUUUUGAGCAAAUGACCUGAUGGGAUUGUCCUAGUGCUGAGCAAAUUGUUAUCUUACUGUGGGGAGGAGGAAGUAAAAUAUUUCAGGGUACUCAAAAAUGGUUUAGCACUUACUCAUGGUACAGUGAAGCAGCUGUGGCUUCUGAUGUAUUGUAAAUGUAAGCAUCAGCAAGGUAGUUUCCACUCCUUGUGGAAAGAGCGUGACCAAUACCUCCCAGAGCCCUCACAGGGCUGAACAGGCAGCAUUCAGCUGUUUGUUAUGCUUCUCCCUUGGUCUUGGUUGUGAGGUUCAGCAUGAAGGAGUGCUCGGGCUCUCAGCCUCUGCCUGGUGUCCGUGUCUCUGGGAUGACGUGUAGGGCUGUACCACAGCUGCUCUGCAGAGGUCCUCCUGGCCCAGUAUGGGACCCUCAUGUCUCCCAGGGUGUCAGCAAAUGUCGAAUUCCAGAUCUUGAAGUUAAAAUAUAGGGUUACUGAAUUACUGAUGCUCAGAAAGUUGAACAGACGCUCCAUUACCACCACUCUGCAUCCUAGGUGAGCAUUCUGAAAUGGAUUAUAAAUUAUGAAAUGUAACCCUUGGGAUGCUUCGGGAUGACUUGAAAUGACUAAGGCACUCCUUCUCUCCCUGAUGUACAUACUGGUGUGCUUUAUUCACAGCUCUGUGCAACAAAGCACAAAACAUUUGUAAGGUCUACAAAGCUUUAUACAAAUCUAUUUUUCUAAAUGGAAACACUCCCCAGGCAGAUGUUUGCCUGCUUCUGUCUCUAUUUUUUUUUUUAACUGCUCUUGCAGUCUUAUUUUCAGGUAAUUAUAGACAAGGUCAUACCCACAAGUUGGGUUAUUUUUGUAUAUGAAGCACCGUGCUUCUUUCUCAAAAAAAAAAAAAAAAAAAAAAAAAAAGCUUAUUUAAAGGUAGUAUUGAUCAAAUGUUCUUUGCACAUGGUAUUUAAGGCUAAGUAAGCUACCUUGGUUGUCUUUUUGUAGCAGACCACAUGUACUAUUUUUGCAGACUGGUGUCAUUCGGUGUUUAAAAUGAAUGCAGGGCUGUGGUCAACACCAUUGGAUCUUCAAGGACUGGACGAGCAAUCCAGGGCAUUGUGACUGCCUGCACACCCAGCAGAAACACUUCAGCUCUUCAGUCUGGCCACUUCAGCUGGCUGAUGGUUUGUUCUCAUCGCUGUGCAUCCCUGUCUCAGAAAAGUAAUCCCUUCUGUGGGAGGGACGCAUGCUUGGUGUGUGCUGUGUUCUGGUGGGAGGCUGUAAGGCUGAGAAGUUUGUCAUUGAAGUGUAGGUGAAGGAAAUGAUGGUUGCGUUCAGGCAAUUCUUGGCAGGGGGAGAUGGUAGAGAGUAGGAGUGGUUUAGGCAAUGGAAGUUGGGCUGAGGGAUGAGUGAGAAUGGUGGCAGGCUGUCAAUGAAGAUGCACUGAGCUGAGGGAUGUGAGAUUGAGGCUGAAGGAGAUCUGAAAGUGAGGCAGACCUGGAGCAAGGGAAAAGUGAUUUAACUGGGGGUUGUUUUGGCUGUAUUUCCAAAGAGGCUGAAUCCAUCUGGGAUGAACAGUUAGGCAAAAACUCACUUUAUUAAGCCACCAUGACAGCUGUAGUAGUGGCUGUAGUGUCUUGGUGCUCUCACAGAGCCCUGUCUGCAAGGAGGAGUGCAUGGAAUUGACCUGCAGGAAUCCCUCCUCCCUGCAAGCAGUGCUGCAGUCACACAGCAGCGCUCUCAGCACUGUAUGUAUGUGCUGUGCAUUAAGGGCAGAACUGUGCUGUAAGUUCAGCGUGGCGUCCUCUGUGUGUGUAAGCUGAAAUGAAAAUGCAGAAGAAAGAGCAUGUGACUUAGCACUAAUGUGGGCUCUUGGUUCUCUUCAUCUGCAAGCUAAUUUUACAGAGAUUUUGUGCAAAUGACAUCGUUUUUAUUGAACACUGAGGAGUUGCAUUUGUAGAAGAAUGAGUUUAAUUACCAAAAAUGCAUAUGGGUGCCUUGUUUUUGUAUUGACAAAUCCUAUAUAUUUUGCAAGGGCAUGAUUUCUUACCUGACUAAAUGUUUCAGAAACAUUCCUCCUCUUUUAAUUUGAAUCUACGGAGUAAUGUAAAUUUUAUAUGUCUGUCUGCAAUGAACAUUUUUGGUACAACUGUUUUUUGCUGGUUAAUAAUUAGACCAAAGAUUGAAGUGUUCAGCUGCUAUUUUUUUUUUCCAAAAAGUGUUAAUAGGCUCAAAAGAUCCAUUCGAAGGCAUUCUUUUCCUAUUUAAUACCAAAUUACAUUUGCACUUUUGUUGUUUCCAUGAAGUUGGUGUUCUUAUUUUAAUACUUCACUGUAGUAAUAAACAGCUGUUGUAACGCA